GUGGCAUAAUAAUUGUGUCACUGCUCCAUCAGACAGACAUUUCAACAAUCUCUUCUUAUAAGAACUGUCUCCACCCUCGGUCCAAUCGACGCGAGCACGGAACGGCCCGGCUCGACUCCCCGGUCCACCUUAAGGGCAGCCAGAGCCGGUGUUUGAUUGGAUUAGAGUGGGUUAAUAUUUGCCCUCUAACCCCGCUGAUGUUGGCUCGUUGCUUCCUGCUUCCUGAGCUCCCCCUCACCGACUGACGAAAGCUUCCGAAGCCGCACGGCGAAGCGCCCCGCACGGACACAGCUGCUGCCUACAACUCGCGGAAAGCGGAGCGGAGAGGAGAGCCGCGAAACACAAACGGAAAAGACGAUCAGCCAUGCGGAGGAAAUCGAGAAUCUUGCUGUGUUUCGCGGUGCUGUGGGUGCUGGGGAUAGCCUAUUACUUCUACUCGGGGACAGCGCUGAGUCGAAAGUCCAGGUGGAGUGGAGUCGAUGCCAGUGUGUUAGUGCCAUUAGUCUCUUGGCUGGCCAGGAAACGCUUUAGGAUUCCCCCAGAGGAGAUGGCCCAAGUGCCUGGGGAGAGGGAAGUCUGGGCCUUCGUGCUUAGGCUACUGCUACUGCCCCCCCAGAUAAGUGGCAGAAAAUGGAUGGACUCAAAAUGUUUGUCUUUAAUGAGACAGCGGUUAAAGUGCAUCUCUUUGCUUUUCUGAGCCAGGACCAUCUGUCUGGUGACAGCCCAAGCAAGGCUGUCAAGAGACACCACAGAGAGCAGAAAGAUGUCACAUGAAAGAAAAAAGGAUGGCUCUGACAGCAAGAAUAAUCGACAGGAUGAGUGGAGCUCCAGUUAUUUGUCCAGCAGGGGAAAAUCUCACAGCUCUGAUGAGAAGGCAAACGAAAAGUUCCACAGCUCGGCGACCCUGGCUCCAGGUAAGGUGCGCUGGCAGGAUUUUGACCAGGAUUUGUACGUCGGAGCAACGGUGGUCCGACCAGGACAGGACCCAUACGCCAGGAACAAGUUCAACCAGGUGGAGAGUGACAAACUCCGAAUGGACCGAGCUGUUCCGGACACCAGACAUGAUCACUGCAAACAUAAGCAGUGGCAGUCCGACCUGCCGGCCUCCAGCAUCAUCAUCACCUUUCAUAACGAGGCUCGCUCUGCUCUGCUGAGGACCGUGGUCAGCGUCCUGAAGAAAAGUCCUGGUCAUUUGGUAAAAGAGAUCAUUUUGGUGGACGACUACAGUGAUAACCGUAAGCAGCAUGCAGGAACACAUGAAACUAACACAACUGAGAGACAACAGGUAAAUUGUGCUGCUUUGUGCGUUCCAGCUGAGGACGGGGCGCUGCUGGGGAAGAUCGAGAAAGUUCGGGUUCUUAGAAACGACCGCAGAGAAGGACUGAUGCGCUCGAGGGUCCGAGGUGCAGAUGCUGCCACGGCGCCAGUGCUGACCUUCCUGGACUCUCACUGUGAAUGUAACGACCACUGGCUCGAGCCACUGCUGGAGAGGGUGGCUGAGGAUAAAACUCGAGUGGUUUCACCCAUCAUCGACGUCAUCAACAUGGACAACUUUCAGUACGUGGGAGCCUCGGCUGAUCUGAAAGGAGGCUUCGACUGGAACCUGGUCUUUAAGUGGGACUACAUGACUCUGGAGCAGCGACGAGCCAGGCAAGGCAACCCCAUCGCCCCCAUCAAGACUCCAAUGAUAGCUGGAGGUCUCUUCGUCAUGGAUAAGGAGUACUUCGAGCAGCUGGGGAAGUAUGACAUGAUGAUGGACGUGUGGGGAGGAGAGAAUCUGGAGAUUUCCUUCCGCGUGUGGCAGUGUGGUGGCAGUCUGGAGAUCAUCCCCUGCAGCAGAGUCGGCCACGUUUUCAGAAAACAACACCCGUACACCUUCCCCGGUGGUAGUGGCACCGUGUUCGCCAGGAACACAAGGAGAGCUGCAGAGGUGUGGAUGGACGAGUUUAAGAACUUCUACUAUGCUGCUGUCCCCUCAGCGAGAAAUGUCCCCUACGGAAAUAUUCAGAGUCGUCUGGAGAUGAAGAAGAGGAUAGGCUGUAAACCGUUCAAGUGGUACCUAGAGAACGUCUACCCUGAGCUGAGGGUCCCAGACCACCAGGACAUUGCUUUUGGAGCCCUGCAGCAGGGAGGAAACUGCCUGGACACUCUAGGACAUUUUGCUGAUGGGGUGGUGGGCGUCUAUGAAUGCCACAACGCUGGAGGAAACCAGGAAUGGGCCCUCACCAAGGAUAAAUCUGUGAAACACAUGGACCUGUGCCUGACUGUGGUGGACAAAACUCCAGGAUCCUUCAUCAAACUACAAGGUUGUCGAGAGAAUGACAGCCGACAGAAAUGGGAGCAGAUUGAGUCCAACUCCAAGCUUCUCCACGUGAGCAGCAACCUCUGCCUGGACAGCCGCAGCGCCAGGAUGGGCGGACUCACAGUGGAGGUCUGCAGCCCCAGUCUCAGCCAACAGUGGAAGUUCACGCUCAAUUUACAAUCAUAGGGGGCGCUACUGAGCCCUGGGAGAUGGAGACACAAAGACUGAGACGUGGAUUUAAAGACUAACUAAAAAAACUCUAGGAGAACAGCGAACUGGAUGGUCCUUAUCUUCCGUAGAGGUGCAGUAUGUGUGCACACCUCUCUACCACAUCUAACCCCUGACCUAAAACUGCGAGCCACGCCCACUUUGGGAGGGGCUUAUAGACCGUAAAGGAGGAUGAAUGACCAGUGACCACCAUGAGAAGGAUAAAAGCGAUAGAGGCUUUUGUUUCAAACUACAUACCUCAGCGUUUUGUCAUCGAUGGUUCCAGAGGCAAAGUGUUUUUGUUCUUUAAUGCUGAUGAAAAAGAACCUUUUGGGGGGCAAAUUGUUUUAUUUUCAUAUUCAUCUUUUUCAUUUUGUUUGGUGGAGGCUCCACCGGGAGCUCAAGGUGGAUGCUUCAGGUUUGUGGGGUGUGGAAGGGAUGGGGGAGGACAUUUUUUUUUUCCACCAGUUUACAGAACAGGUAAAGAAAAUGGAGGAAAAACGGAAAGAAGGACUCGGGUAUUUACUCUUACAGCUGAUUGGGUGUUUAGAGGAACUGGUUGGUGGAGUUGCCCUGAAACAUCUGAGUGUCUUCCGCACUGGCUGCUGCAGCGCCCUAACAAACAGGAUUAAACAAACUCAUUCGUCUUUUUUUCCUUUACUUUUGUAAAAAAAAAAAAAAAGGAAGAAAAAAAAAACAACAAAAAAGUGGACCAAAAUUUAAAAAGUGUGGUUUAAAUUUCAGGACGACCGGAAGAACGAUUAAACCAGUUUUUUUCUCUGACUGCUCCCUGUGGAGCUUCAAUUAUUUCAUCUUCCAUCUUCAUGAUUUAUUUUCAAAUAUCUAAAAAUCCAAACUAGAUUUCUGCUGCAGCUUCUUCUUAAGGUGUUCAGAUGAGUUUUCCUGCUUACACAAAAAAUAAGGAAACUAAGCACUACUAAUGCUGCCCUGUAAUGAUCUCAUUUAUUUAUUAAAAACGCAUCAGGUGUGUGUAAAAACCUGCUUGUUCCAGUUUCAGAGGCGUGGAUGGAGCUCCCUCUCCAGUUGUUUUGCUCUGAGGUUUAAAACUGCAGUGAACUGUUUUUUUACUAAGUGUCUUCUCCGUUUCUGCUGGAGAAAAGCAGAGUUUUAUUUUUUUAAUUACAGAGAGCAACAGGCAUCACUUCAAGCUACCAGAUAGUGUUACAGCCACCAGUUUUAGUUAUUUUACCCAUCUGCCAGGUAACCCGAUGCCUUUUUGUGCAUUUCAGCUUUUCCUGGGCUUCCUUGCAUAAGGUUUGCUGCUGUGAGUCUCCAUGCUUAAGUUCUUAUUGUAAGAGAAGUUUGUGGAGGUUGGAAGAGAUCUGAACGUGUUCUAACUUGGCUCAGUUUGGGGUUUUUUUUCUCAUUAACAGAAAAACUGUUUUGUUUACAGCUUUUUAUUGACCACCAAUGACAUCCAGUGUUGUCUGAUUUUAUUCUACUCCAUCUCUUUGGUUUUGAUGUUUUCUGCCUGACGCUUGCCUUGUUUAACCCGUACUGUUCUCGACAAAAAUAGAGCUGGUUAAUAAUCCCGACUCAUCUGGAUGACGUGUAAAGAUGUUGCCUUCAUGAUUAGUAGGAUUUUUUAAAUUGUAGUGGAAAAUGCAAACAUUCUACCAGAUUUAAAUCACACAGACAGUUUUUAUUAAGUUGCAGAAAUAGAGCAUUUUAAACUUUUAUUUAAUCCGGUAAAGACUUUUACAGAAGUUGCAAUGAUAGUUUUGGUUCUGACUAGACCAGAUGAUUCAUAAAACAGAUGUGAAGUCUGUCGUUUUCUGCAACGAUCAAAAUCCAGAUUUAUUGUUAACGUGGGAAGGUUUAUUUUUUUAGUUCGUGAAGUGGAAAUUUGUUGAGUUGUGAAUAGGAACUUUACAUUUUAAAAAUAGCUUCUUUAUUAUUAUUUUGGUUUUGUAGGCGUUAACUCCCUCUGUCGCCAUGAGCUGCAGUCGCUUCAAAGAAAAUAAAAAGGACUUUUUGUGCAUCUGAGAUUGAAAGUUUUAGUUUUUACUCCCAUUCCUUUUCUUUGAGAUGACUGGAAACUAACUGCACACAAACCUGAGUGAUCGCCAGCAUCAGUGCACAUCUUAUAUGAAGUCUUUGCUUUCCAAACUGGUCUCAUACUUCUGGACAUGUUAUUUGGGUUGUGUUGUACGAGGGGAGACGACAGAAUUAUGAAGGUCCUGGUUUUUGAUUGGAUGAUUAAAUGUUUACAUCUUUAGCACAACGUGCCAAAGUUACUUCCUGUGUUCUGUAUGAGGAGUAAUAAAAGGGUGGGGUGGAAGCUAAGAAUAGCUGGAUGAUUUGUUCAGGAUGUUUUUGUAUUUUCUUGCUUUUCGAUCCGUCGUCGGUGUUCCGCUUUCAUGCUGGGCGUUGUUACACUUAUGGAAGAAAACCGAUUGUCACUUAUAGGAGGAAUGUUAGAAAAAUUUAUUUCAUCACUAAAAGUAACCUUGAACACAGUCAUUGUUGAUUCUACAUGUUUGUGUCUUAUUUAGGAUAAAUCUGCAAUUUAUUUGAUACAAUUCAACUAAAAUCAGAGUGAACUUUGUGUUCUUUCAGCUUUUCCUUUAAACAGGGAUCAAGUGGUGAUUUGUUGUAAAACUGGGACCACUUUAACUCAGACACUCCCUGAGAAGAAGAACCCCCUAAGCCCUGAUCAGACAUCCAGCUCAGGACUGCGUAAGCUUCUCCAUCUUUUGUUUUGUUCAACGAUGAACGUCGCGUGCGAGUCAGAAAUCACAAAAAAAAAAAAAUGACGGAUCAACGAUUUAAAUAUUCAUUUGUAGGAAGAGGCACGAACAAAUGCCAGAAUCUGUGAAGAAUGUGGCUUUGAACUUUUGAAGUGGGGUUUAAGACUCUUGGGGAAGGGGUCAUGUGUGUAAAAGUGUAUAUUUUUGUAUAUACUACAUUAGUGUGUGUACAGUAUGUACAUAUAUACACAGUGUACUCCGCUGCAGUUCCUAGUUUUGUUGUCAGACUGUACAGCGCUUCUAACUGUUCCCUGUUUUAUAGAAUCUGCAGAAAUUCCACUUUGAAUGAGGAGAAAUGAUUAACUUAAAUAAAAGCAUUUAUAUAUAAACUAAA